UAGAAGGUGUGACAGUGUGGGAGGAGCUUGACAUCAGGAGUGAACUACUUAACGCUGAGGACAGAGUGAAGGAGACACAGUAAACAUGGCUCUCCAACAGGCUGUGUCUGUCACAACCGUGACAAUCCUUCUCCUGUGCACAGAAUGUAGAUCAGCGUUGACCUGCGGCCAGGCUCCCAUCAACACCAGGAUCAUAGGCGGUCAAACUGCGACUCCAGGAGAUUGGCCCUGGCAGGUUUCUUUGGUCUUGGUUGGAACACACAGAUGUGGGGGGUCACUGAUUAACGACCAGUGGGUGAUGACAGCUGCACACUGCAUUACAGGGUCAGGAAGUGGUGUAACGGUUUACCUGGGGCGCUUUAACCAGUCAGGUCCAAACCCCAAUGAAGAGUCACGGACGAUCCUUCAGGCCAAGUGCCAUCCGUCAUACAGCACCCUGACCAACGAGAACGACAUAUGUCUCCUGAAGCUGUCGUCACCUGUGAACUUUACCAACUACAUACAACCUGUUUGUUUGGCUGAUGCAAACAGCAUCCUCCAAUCUGGGGUCAGCACCUGGGUCGCUGGUUGGGGCAACACUCGCCCUAAUGGGGCAAGCGCCUCCGACACCCUGCAGGAGGCUAAUCUGGACAUAGUGGGAAACGAAGAGUGUCAGCGCAACAGCAUAUUUGACAUCACAGACAAGAUGAUCUGCGCUUGGGUCCGAGCGGGCGGAAUUGACUCAUGUCAGGGAGACUCAGGGGGCGGACUGGUGACAAAGGUUGGUUCAGGCUGGGCCGCGGUUGGAAUCGUGAGUUUUGGUGACGGCUGCGCUAAGCCCAACGUCCCAGGGAUCUACACCCGUGUGUCAGAGUACAUGGAAUGGAUCAGCAUCAUCACCGGCAGUGACGAGCUAGGCUUUGUUAACGCUUCCUCCAAUGGAGUCGACAAAGACUCAAACUUUACCAGUUCAACCACAGCACCACCGACCGCUUCCUCUACCCAAACACUCUUCACCAAUCACACCCGCCCCUCAACCAUGCCCGUAACUGUGACCCGCCCCUCAACCAUGCCCGUAAACUUCACCCACCCUCAUACCCGCCCCUCGACCAUGCCCGUAAACGUCACCCACCCUCAUACCCGCCCCUCAACCAUACCCGUAAUUGUCACCCAUCCCUCAACCAUGCCCGUAAACUUCACCAACCCUCACACCCGCCCCUCAACCAUGCCCGUAAACGUCACCCACCCUCAUACCCGCCCCUCAACCAUACCCGUAAUCGUCACCCAUCCCUCAACCAUGCCCGUAAACUUUACCCAUCCUCACACCCGCCCCUCAACCUUGCCCGUAAACUUCACCCAUCCUCACACCCGCCCCUCAACCAUGCCCGUAAACGUCACCCACCCUCAUACCCGCCCCUCAACCUUGCCCGUAAACUUCACCCAUCCUCACACCCGCCCCUCAACCAUGCCCGUAAACUUCACCCAUCCUCACACCCGCCCCUCAACCAUGCCCGUAAACGUCACCCACCCUCAUACCCGCCCCUCAACCAUGCCCGUAAACUUCACCCGCCCCACAACCAUGCCCGUAAACUUCACCCGCCCUCACACCCGCCCCUCAACCAUGCCCGUAAACGUCACCCAGCCCUCAACCAUGCCCGUAAACUUCACCCACCCUCAUACCCUGCCCUCAACCACCCCCGUAAACGUCACCCACUCUCACACCCGCCCCUCAACCAUGCCCGUAAACGUCACCCACUCUCACACCCGCCCCUCAAGCACGCCCAUAAACUUCACCCACCCUCACACCCGCCCCUCAACCUUGCCCGUAAACAUCACCAACCCUCACACCCACCCCCCAACCACAGACCAUCUCAUAACCGACGAUAAGAGCAUUUUUUGCGGGAGUGAAAAUCUGAUCCACUUCACUCACUUCACCUCACUCUGGGUACUUGCUCUAUCGCUCUAUGUACUGGUCGGACAUGCAUAACAUGAAAAUGCGACACUAUGCACAUAAUUAAAUACAUUAAUACACUGUGUGAUGUAAUUUCGUGACUUGAAGAUCCUUGAAUACAAUUUUGAAACUAACAAUUUAGUAGCAUUUUAAUGGCACUUACAAAGCACUUUUUUUGCUUUUAUUGAAGAAAUUGUACUUUCUUGAUUCUUGUCGUUCUGGGUUUGUACCCUCGGGUUGAUGCACUUAUUGUAAGUCACUUUGGAUAAAAGUGUCAGCUAAAUGUAAUGUAAUGAUGACGUCCUACCUAACAUAUGAUGAUGAUGAUGAAAUCAUACAAGCUUUAGGUUAGAGUCCUGCACACACAUCUUUAAAAAUGUUUUUCAACUCCUCUUCUUUGUGACUGACACUGAUCAUAUGGAGAAUAAUCUUCUGAUCAAUAUAAGCUUUGGAAUGUCUCGAUAUAACUUGUAACUAAUGUUUUUUAGUUUUUCAGAGGUUAUAUUUGUUCAUCUUUGUCUGAUCAGCUCCAAGAGUCAAUCAAGAAAUGAUGUGUUUGGUAAAAAUCUUUCUGUGUGUUGAGUAAUUUUAUGCUGAUGCUGAUUCGCAGGGUAAAUAAACUGAAACUUUUCUCAUGGAACGUGAAGUCAUGUUAAUCACAAACUGUUUGACUUGGAAUAAAAUGGACGUUGAUUGGUCAAA